UUUUAUGACUAGAGCAAAAACGACGGGCGGAUUUCAAAGAACUUUUAUUGCCGUUGAAGUGUGAAUGGAAAUACGAUUUAAAAUUGGGGAGCAGCAUAAACGCUCAGGAGAUGCGACUGUUUAGUUUGUUUAUUUUUUUAAAUCAAGGUGAAAAAUAUCCGAGGGGUGCAGCGUUGGACUGAAAAGCGCUCGGACGAAAAGCAGCGGAAUAAAGGAGCGCCCCCAGUUUUUGCGAGAGCUAGCUUUUCAUUUUUAGCAGUCGAGACUAUCAGAUAUUACACUAUACGUAAGACUGUAAAUUACAGACGCAUUAUGUAUACAUUGAGCAGCAAGUCAACAGAUGAGCUCCGAUUCCUUCUUGACGAAUACGGGAUCAAGCAUGGUCCUGUCGUCGACUCCACCCGAAGUCUGUACGAGAAAAAAAUUAGAGAAGCCAUGGCCAAAGAGAAACGAGUUUAUCCGAAAAAAUCGGACAAAACCUACUACAGAGAAGAAGAGGAGGAAGUGACAUAUGUUUACAGUCCACCUGUCAGAAGUCAUUUGCCAGAAGACUAUAGUCGACUUUACACGAGUGCCAAACCAGAGUGGACUGAGAGGGAAGUUCAACACGAACGCUACACAUACGACACUGCAUCGUCGCCGUACACAAGCGCCAGGCUGAGAGCCACCGAAGGAAGACCUAAGAAAUCUCAUGAAGACAUUCCCAAAGAACCUAAGUCAUCCCGCUUCAUCCCGGUCUGGGUCCAGUUGCUGUUCUUCCUCGUGGCAGCAGUCUUCCUCUACCUCGUCUUUGCCAACAUGGAGACAAACGAUUACAUUAGGAAAAUAGAAUGAUUUAAGCAAAACUAUGCCCACUUUAUAGGGCUGGUGUAGUUCAAAUGACAUAUUUUAUCACAGAGUGUUUUAUUUUGUUUAAUGCCCUUUUCGUGUCUUGUGACCAAGAAGAGGUCAGCACUACUGUUCAUUGUUGCUUAUUAGAUUUAAAAGACAGUGGAACAGAUGAGCUAAAGUUUAGAUGUUUGCUUCAUCAGUUUAGCUGCUAAACAAAAGUGCCUCAGCGGUUUUGUUACAAAUUGCAUGUCGUUUUAAUGCAAAUCCAUACCUACAGAUAUUUGUACUCAUGGAUGGAUUAUUUUUCUACUAUUCUAAUCACACGGUUUUAUCUGCUGACAAAAUAAUAACAUUUCAAAUUGAAUAAAUAAAGUCCAAGUUGGGUGUUAAGUG